AUGUGUGAUAGUACGGCAGGACCCUCAGGGGCGAAAAGACCUAAAUUAGGCAAGAGAACAUUUGAACAAACUGUUCCUUUGACUCAAGAUGACUUGGAACGGUAUUUGCUUGAUUCAGAUGAUGAUGUUGGUGACCCAGACUUUGAAGAAUCGGAUGUUGGAUGGGAUGGGUCUAGCGAUAGUGACGAAGAACUAGAUUUGUCGGUACUCGAGGAAAACACUCCCGAUGUUUCGGACAAUAAUUUAGAUUUAGCAACUCCACAACGCCCAACACCCCAAUUAAAAAGAAAAGCUCCUGCUCAGGCACCUGCAGAUGUAGUUAUAUGGGACGCUGUGGAAGAUAAUAUGACACAAAUACCAUUUACAAAACAGAGGGAACUUCUAGUUCAACCUAACGAUGUAGAUUUCUCUAGUAUUUGUGAAGAUGAGAAGUUAUUGGAAGAGAAAUACAUUUUUGUACUCGGCAAGAAAGAACCAACUUGGCAAGAUAUGAGAAGUAAAGUGAAAACUAAGCAAGCCUCCAUCAAAAGGCAUGCUCGUGACACAGGAGAAGGACCUCCUUUACCUACAAAAUUGAAACAGAAUGAGGAGGACAUAUUGAGUCUGAUAAGCAAUGUGGCUGUGAAUGGACACUCUUCAGUUCAAGAAUCUUCUGCACACUUUGUAGUAUUGGCGGAAGUGCUGCCAGCGCCUAAUAUAAUAAAUAUACAGAAAUCAGAAACUGUUACACCUCAGGAAACAAUAGUAGCACCUACACCGACUUCAGUCAAAAAGCACAAUAUUUCGUCUGCAAGAAAGUUGCAGGCAGCUGCUUCUGCAGCAGAAUUGCUUAGUGAAAAAGCAAAAGAAAAAUUACAGAUGAAAAGGGAGUAUUAUAAACGAAAAUUAGAAAUCAUGAAAGCUGCAGAAAAUAGAAAAAGAGGCUACCAUAACAGGAUGCUUGAAAUGUAG